GUUCAGGCGUUUUCAUUUUCUUCCAUGUGCGAAUGUUCUUUGAUUUUGUUAUCUAGAAUCUAAACUGAACUGUAUUACGGUUCUUUUUGACAUUUCACAUCAAGAAUUUAUUUUUAAAAAAUAUGAGUGACACACAAUCAGGUAGAGCUAAACGCCAGAAGAUCGAUAAAACUGGAAGGUUGUCAGCUUUAGAAAAAUUGAAGCAAUUAAAAGGUAGUAAACAUAAGUAUGAAAUAGAUGAAUUGGAAAAUGUUUAUGAAGAAGUUGAUGAGAAAGAGUAUUCCAAAACUGUGAUAGAAAGGCAAAAUGAUGAUUGGAUUGUUGAUGAUGGAGAGAGUGGUUAUAUUGAAGAUGGUAGAGAAAUUUUUGACGACGACUUGGAUGAUAAAAGUAUACAAGAAGCAAGAAAACAUAAAAUUGCAGGCCCUAGAAAAAAUAAAAAAGAUGAUGCUAAGAAGAAAGGAAACAUUCAAAAUAUGUUGAUAAAUAUGUCUUCCAAAAAGAAAACUGAUACUAAAUUGAAUGAUGAUAGUAUUUUGGGAGAUUUAAUGUCUGAAUUAAAAAAAGAUGAUACACCAAAGCAGUCAAAAUCAAGAUCUAUUAAAAAUAAAUUUUGUACUACGCCAAAAUUAAGUGAAAAAACUGUAGAAAAAAAGAUGGAAUCAAUUUCUGAAUGUGAAAAAAUACGAUAUGAUGAUGAUGAUGAUGAUACUUUGAUAAUGUUUGAUAAACCAGAAAAGGUAAACAUGCACAAACAAACAGAAUCAAUAUCCCAAGUAGAGAACAUUACUUCAAAUGAAAAUAGUAGUCAAAUAAUUAUAGAUGAUACUAGUAAUUCAGAAAUUACAACAUUGAGUCUACAGUCAGAAGAGCAUGUUAAAGAAACAAGCAGCAGUCAAAUAAUUGAAACAGAAACUGAAGAUCUUAGUCAAUUUGUUGGAGAUUUCUCUGUAGAUUUUGAAGAUGACAAUAUUGAUCAGAAUGAAAAGCCAAUGUUGCCUAUCAAUAAAGAAAAUAAGGAAAACAAAUCAAGCACUCAAAUGAAAAUGAAAGAUGUUGAAAAAAAAAACUUUGAUUUGGAAAAUUUCAAUGCAACAUUGGACAUUGGAUUUGAAACACAAAUGUCAAAUAUUGAAGUAUCUGCUGAUACUACAGAAGUGCCUUUACCACUUGUAACUAAUGCAAAUAACGAAGAAGUAUUCAGAUUUUAUUGGUGGGAUGCAUAUGAAGAUCCAUAUAAACAACCUGGAGUUGUAUAUUUAUUUGGAAAAGUUUUUGUACCCUCUAUAAAAGAAUAUUGUUCUUGCUGUUUAACAGUAAAAAAUAUUCCACGGAGAAUUUAUCUUCUUCCUAGAGUAUAUAUAAAGUCAUCGUCGGCAGAAAAUGAUGAGAAAGAACGACUAAAUACGAUAGAAGAUGUAUAUAAAGAAUUUAAUCAAUUUGCAAACAAGUUAGGAAUAAAGGAAUUCCGUAGCAGCAAAGUUUCCAAAAACUAUGCUUUUGAACAAGAAGGUACUCCAGCAAAAUCGGAUUAUUUGGAAGUAAGAUAUUCUACAAGUUAUCCACCUGUACCUUCUAAUUAUUCUGGACCGUCAAUAGAACGUGUUUUUGGAACAACAAUAAAUUCUUUAGAGUUACUUCUAAUUGAAAGAAAUAUUAAGGGACCAUGUUGGUUAGAUGUUAAGUGUCCAUUACCUACUGGUGUACAAACUAGUUGGUGCAAAAUAAAGGUAAAUUGUAUGAAGAUGGAGAAUAUAUCUGUUUUCUCUGACUCUCAAACAUUGCCACCGUUAGUACUGAUAACAUUAAAUAUACGAACCUCUUUCAAUACAAAAUUACAACAAAAUGAAGUAGUUAUGAUUGCAGUUCUUAUACAUCAUAAAUACCAUAUUGACAAAGAACCACCAAAACCACCAUUUCAACAACAUUUUUGUCUAAUUACACAUCCACGCGAUAUGCCUUGGCCAAGACAAGCACGAGAAAUGCUCUCAAACAUUUCAUAUACUACAUUAAUGAAAUUUGAAACAGAAACGGACUUACUUGAAGAACUAUUAAAAAUAAUAAAUACUGCAGAUCCAGAUUUGUUGAUUGGAUAUGAUUGUGGCUUUCAAUUUGAUAUUUUAAUGCAAAGAAUGAUUACAUUGAAGGUUUCAAAUUGGAGCAGAUUUGGAAAAUUAAGACGUUCUGUACCACCUUUAAUAAGGGGUAAGGUAAACUUAAAUCAAGCAGCAGCUGGUCGACCUAUCUGUGACAUACAAGUUUCAGCUAAAGAAUUAAAUCUCAAAGUUAGAAGUUAUGAUUUACAAUCUCUUUGCAUCGCGGUAUUAAAGAAAAAAGAAAAUGAAUGUAAGGAAAUAAAAUCUAAUAAAUGUAUAUUAUUUUAUAGUACUCUGAAUAAAAUAGAUAACUUAAUUAAAAUAACAUUGACAGAAGCAUUAUAUAUUUUGUCUAUUGUUUUUGAACUUAAUGUUCUUCCACUUGCAUUACAAAUUACAUGUAUUGCUGGAAAUGUUAUAUCAAGAACAUUAACAGCAGGACGCGCAGAAAGAAACGAAUAUUUAUUAUUGCAUGCAUUUCAUUUGAAAAAUUAUAUAACACCUGAUAAACGUAUUACAAAAAGGGGAAAAGAUAAUGAAGAAAACACUAGUAAAAAGAAAGCGGCCUAUGCUGGUGGCUUAGUUCUUGACCCAAAAAAGGGAUUUUAUGAUAAACUCAUUUUAUUAAUGGACUUUAAUUCUUUAUAUCCUAGUAUAAUUCAAGAAUACAAUUUAUGUUUUACUACUGUACCUGGAGCUGCAUAUGCUGAGUAUGAGGAUUUAUCAAUUCCUGAAUCAAAUUUAGAAUUUGGAAUAAUUCCAACCGAAAUUUGCAAAUUAGUUGAAAGUAGAGUAGAAGUGAAAAAACUAAUGAAAACACCAAAUAUUUCACCUGAAUUGAAGAUGCAAUAUAAUAUUCGACAGCUAGCUUUAAAACUUACAGCAAAUUCUAUGUAUGGUUGUUUGGGUGCAACUCAUUGUAGAUUUUAUGCUAAAGGACUUGCUGCCUUAGUUACAGCAAAAGGUCGAGAAAUUUUGCAACAUACAAAAAGCCUCGUUGAAAAAUUGAAUUAUGAAGUUAUAUAUGGAGACACUGAUUCCAUAAUGAUAAAUACAAGUUUAUUAGAUUACGAUGAAGUUUUUUCUGUUGGAAAAAAGAUAAAACAAGAAGUUAAUAAAUUAUAUAAACGAGUAGAAUUAGAUAUUGAUGGUGUAUUCCGUUAUUUGUUGCUUUUACAAAAAAAGAAGUAUGCUGCAGUUACAAUGACAAAAUUACCUAAUGGGCAAAUAGAAUUGACACAAGAACAUAAAGGUUUAGAUAUUGUGCGAAGAGAUUGGUGUCAAUUAGCUUGUGAUGUUGGAAAAAAAAUUUUGGACCAUCUUCUUUCUGAUAAAUUGUGUGAUGAUAGAAUAGAACAAAUUUUCAGUAUGUUACAUGAUGUUGCACAAAAUGUUCGUGAAAAUCAAGUUCCUUUAUCUUCUUUAAUUAUUACAAAACAAUUAUCAAAAAAUCCAAAUGAAUAUCCAGAUACUAAGCAAGCUCAUGUCCAAGUAGCUUUGAGAUUAAAUAAAGAAGGUGGUAGAAUGUGGAAAGCUGGAGACACUAUCCCUUAUAUUAUAUGCGAUGAUGGAACAGAAAAAUCUGCAACUGAAAGAGCAUAUCAUAUUGAUGAAUAUAAAAAGAGUGACUCUUUAAAAAUAGAUAUUAAUUACUAUUUACUAAGUCAAAUUUUUCCUAUUGUUUUGCGAAUUUGUGAACCAAUUGAAGGAAUUGAUGAUGUUUUGUUAGCUAAAUGCUUAGGUUUGGAAAAUAUUUAUAAAUCUAGAAGAAUAAUACAUCAAGAACAUGGUGAUAUACCAUUAUUAAUGGAAGAGGAUAGAUUUAGGUAUUGCCUUCCUUUGAAAUUUAAUUGUAGAAACGAAAAAUGUCAGUCAGAAAUUAUAAUUAAAGAUAUUGUAAACGAAGAGUUUGGAAAUCAAUUGUCACUUGCUUCCUGUUCAAAUCCAGACUGCAAGGUACAACCAUGGACAUAUAUUAAUACAAUACAAAAUGCGGUGACACUUGCUAUACGAGAAUUAGUUAACGAAUAUUACAAUGGAUGGUUAGAAUGUGAAAAUCCAACAUGUGGUGAGCAAACACAAGAAAUACCAUUAGAUUUUGAGCCAAUAUAUCCAACUUGCAGAAAAUGUAAUGAUGGUGAACUACAUAGAGUUUUUACAGAUACAAAACUUUAUAAUCAAAUGUGUUUUUAUCUUCAUCUUUUUGAUGUAACUCAGUCAAAGUAUAAAAAUUUGUUAUCUCAAUGUCCGCAAGGUAUGAGAGAAGCAUAUGAUUCAUUAAAAGAAGCAAUAGAAAAAAUUUUAAGGCGAAAUGCAUUUUCUGUUGUGUGUUUGGAUACGAUCUUUUCAAAUAAUGAUGAACAAGAAGAAAAAUCAAGUUUAUAUACAGGUACUUUAGAAAUAUCAGAUGGGCUGGAUGAUGAAGAAGUGUAAAUAUGUGAUGAUCAAACAAAAACUACCAUACUACAAAUAACUAUAGGGUAUAAAUAAUAGAAUAAAUGUUUUUAUGUAAGUAUGUAUU